UUCUGUAACUCAUCAUGUUGUCUCUUGGAGCUUCUCUCUCUAUUCCUCUUAUUACCUUUUAUCUAUCAUUUCUCAACUGUGUCAAUCUAAACUCAGCUUUGGAUUCAAACACUGGUUUUUGCACUCCUUACCCAUGUAACCAACCGCCUCAACCGCCUUCCUCUACAGACUAUUCUCCAUAUGGCAAUCCUCCUCCACCGUCUCCACAGUCUCCACAGUCUUCACCGCCUCCACCGUCUUCACAGUCUUCACCACCUUCACCGCCACGUUCUCGCUGCCCUCCUGUUCCGACGACAGGCUGUUGCAACCAACCACCACCUUCGACGAUGUAUUCUCCUCCGUAUCCUUACUUUUAUACUCCUCCUUAUCCUUACGGUGCUAUCGGCGGAGGGGGACAAGGCGGUGGCGGUCAAGGAGGAGGAGAAGCCGGAGGUGGUACAACCGGUUCAGCGGUGGCUUACUAUUCCUCUUCCAUGCCCGUACAUCUCUUGAUGCUUGUGUUAGCUAAUGCUUUUAUUCUCUUUUAGGGCAUACAUAGUUUUUAGAUAAAUAUCAAAGUCUUAUCAAAAAGUCACCUUCUUCUGUUAUUAGCUCAAAAUUUUUGUUUAUAAUUCCAAAGUAAAUUCUAAUAAAAUGAACUUUAUAUUUUCA